CUAUAAUGUCUCGCUGAAGCACUAGCCUAUUUAAAACAAGUGAUAAACAACCGAUAACCAAUCGACACGCAUGAUGCGCUUUGAUGGCUCUUGCCUCUGGUUCAAACCAGUCAUUGUCUGUGGACAAUAAGUGUACUGUAGGCCUCUGUGACCAAGAUUGGGCGUAUGUAUGAAUGGUAUUGUGUAGCCUAUCAUUGUUCUGUUUUUGCUCGAUCUCUAUCCGAGGGUAGGCCUACUCAUGGAUCAUUCUUUCAAGACCAUGUAAUGGCGUAUAAAAGGUUUCCGGUGGCAAUAUCUGAGACAAUUAAACAUGCCUUUAUUAAUUAUAGGCUAGCCUACUUUGCUUAGCAAUAUCAGAGGUGGCUCUUUAAAAUAAAAGGAUUUGGCAUGUUGAGUUGGCCUAAAUGCGUGAAAGUUGGGAUACACUUGAGAACAGAUCUUGGUCAUGGGGUAUCCGGUCAGGUUUUCCCUGGAAGAGGGUAUUGAAAUAUAAUGGAACCCAUUGUAAGGCCUUAAGCCUAUCAAUUUCACUAAUUGUAUUGCACUCUAAUUCAACACACAUCUAUAUUGCAUUUGGUCAUUUCCAUCAAUAGUAUAGGAUGUUUUGAUGAACAAAUUGUGAGGCAUGCAGAUGCGAUAUUAUAGUGUUUAAAAAUAGCGAGUUUGACAGUGUAACUUGAGGCUAUUAUUCAGAAAUUGUAUUGUAUUAGACAGCAAUGGAAUUUGAAUUUAACAAUAGCGUAUCGUUACACUGGGAUAGGUCAUUCCCUCAUGGAUUUGAGCAGAUCGUCACCUUUUAGAGACGUCGGAAUUGUGUGUCCAUAUACUCUCAAACUCUGAAUAGGUAACUGAAGGAAAGUACAUCGCCAUGCUUCCAAAUCCUGGCCUUUGUUCCCCAAAAAAUAAGAAUGGUGCUUUUGAACUUAUUGUAUAAUUUUCAGGUCAGGUAUAUCUUCUACGGUAACUGAUAGGAUACCACCAUAAAAUCGAUGAAUAGAAAUGUAAAUGUCACUUAUACAAAAGAACUAAAAAUGCACCACGAGACUAUGCUAAUUUCACUCUUAGCCAAGUCAUAUAAAGAGGGCCAGAUGUUGCCAUAGACAAACAUUUCAAUGAAGCUGUCGACGCAGAGAGACCGAUUCUACCCAGUCCUCAGCAAGGCGGUGUACUAAAAGAGCCAUUGUGGAUUGAACCAUUGAAAUUUGAUUCGGGUUUUUUUCACUCUUGAAAAAAUAGCUCUUACCAUGAUAAAGCACAUGGAUUAAAAUAUCUGCUGACUGUUGGACAUAGAGCUUCUAAGCAUUGGAGGACAGUGCACUUAACUUCAACUCCACAUGUAGCCUAUAUCAUCGUCUAUUUAAUUAAAUAAUUUAUUUUAUUUUAAUUAUAUAGGCUACUGGGUAAAACGGAUUCCACCCUGAUGGGGACAGAUAUUCUUAGUUGGCUACUGCUUUGAAAAGAAUGAUGGUCUCUAACUGGUCUGUAAGAUAUUGGAUAAGAUAUUGGAUAUUUAGCAGUGACGUUUUUUUUUAUUGUGUAGGCUAGAUUGAAUUCAUGUUUGGACCCAGUCAACAAAAUUUACUAGAACCAUGGCAAGUCAAGGAGGACAACGGUUUGGGGUCUCCAUGUCUGAAACUCAAUAUGUAAAUUUUCAGUGACAUAACAAGCGGUAUAUAGACCUAGGACGCGAGAAAGUAAUUUCAGCUAAAUGGCCAACAAGAUACCAAAACGAUAUUAAACACUGUGACGCUCUAAAGAAAAAUAUAUUUAAUAACCGACUCUGUAAGCAUUUAAUUGGCAUGUAGUUAGAGGAGUUUACCUAUCCACCUAAUUUGCAUCCUAUCCACCGGCUUGUUGCAACAGGUAGCCUAACGCACUUUGCCUUUCCUAAAUGCACUUAUAGCGCACAGUGCUAACAAUUACGCUACUCUUUUCGUACGUUGGAAGGUUAAGGAACCAUGGAGGAGGACGGUGGUCUGGAUAUUAUGUGUUUGAAUAAAUAUUGUAACAGUUCCUCGUCAUCUUCCAGUUCGGGGCGAGAAAAUAAAUUUUUUACCAAGUUAAAAGUUAGCUUGACAGAGGACUACCCAAGAAAGAACGCGGAGAUCCUCAGCGGUCAGUACGGGACUAACUUGUUUUUAGUCGGCUUAUCGUUGAUGCUGGCGAUAGCAUACGAAGGAGCAUCAGUGAAGGAAGAGCACCUGCUGUCGUUUAUUACGACCCUCAUGAUCCUGCAACUGGUAUGGAUGAUGUGGUACGUCGUAGUGCGAGACAGACGAAAUAAUGUACCGGUGGACAAAGAUGUACACGCGACUACCUGUUGGGUAAGAGGUGGAUUAACUGUUCUGGCUCUCCUGGCUUUGAUAAUGGAUGCCUUCCGUAUUGGCUAUUAUGUGGGCUACCACACGUGCAUAUCGGAGGUGCAUGGAGUAUACCCCGUCAUUCACGCAACUCACACCAUAGCACAAGUGCAUUUCCUUUGGUUUCACAUCAAAGACGUCAUCAAAACUUUUGAGACCUUUGAAAGGUUUGGUGUCAUCCAUGCAGUCUUUACCAACCUCCUCCUCUGGUGCAACGGUGUGAUGUCAGAGUCAGAGCACUUCCUGAGCGACCACAUUAGAAGAGUCUCAGCCAUGGACCCUCUAAACCUUACCAUAGUUUCAGUGCAUUCCGAACCUAAUUGCAACUGCACCACCAGCUCCUGCGGCAUAUUUUCCAACAGCCUGUACUAUCUGUACCCAUUUAAUAUCGAGUAUCACAUAUUUGUCUCCGCCAUGCUCUUUGUCAUGUGGAAGAACAUAGGACGCAAUAUCGACCUCAUGUACAAUCGGAAGAGGCCAGCGACGAAGACCCAAGGCCUGGUGAUAGGCCCCCUUCUAGGCCUGCUCGCGCUGGCCAGCACCAUUGUGGUGCUGGUGAUGUACAUCAUCCACAUAGAGGAAUCAAUUUAUACCCGGGAGUCAGCUGUGUCCAUGUUCUACUGUUACGGCAUAGUUAUUCUGGUGUUCAUGUGCUCAGCCGGGGUAGUGGGUCUGGUCAUCUACAGAGACGAUCAAACCCCCAUGGACACGUCCAAGAACCCAUCGAGGCAGCUGGACAUGGAGCUCCUCUUCAGUUCCUCCGUGGGCUCCUGGCUCAUGUCGUGGUGCAGCGUGGUGGCCGUGUCGGCCUCCAGCAGCAGUCUCCCUUACCGCUGGACCAACCUGAUGUACUCUCUCCUGAUAAUCCUGGAGAAGUACAUACAAAACCUCUUCAUCAUCGAGUCCCUGUACCGCCAGAGGGAGGAUUUCGAGAGGGAAGAUCCCGAACUGCCAACUGCUCCAGAGAUCUUCUCGGUCACCUCCUCUCUGACGCCGUCCUACAAUGGUAUCAUCAACCAGGCAUACGAAACUCCAGACAAGAGUUGUGUGACCUUGGAGAACGAGCAGGAGGAGAAUGGACAGGUAUACGGGUGCCCGCGGAAACAAUCGGAAGUGACCCUUCCCGUAGUUACCGAAGUUGUGGAGACCCCAAACAGGAAGAGGCAGAUUCUAAAAAACAUUUCAGUCUUCCUCCUCAUGUGCAACGUCUCACUAUGGAUCCUCCCUGCCUUUGGCUGCCGACCCCAAUAUGAUAACGGACUGGAGCAGGAGAUAUAUGGCUUCACCAUAUGGAUCACAGUUCUCAAUUUUGCCAUACCCAUGAACCUCUUCUACCGCAUGCACUCCGUGGCCUCCCUCUUCGAAGUGUUCCGGAGAGUGUGACCAGGGUAGAGCCAGCUAAGCCUCACACACGAGACAACAAGCACAAAAACACUUGUCACCUUAGGCUGCAAAGAAGGCCUUUUGCAAACACAGGUCACUCGUUCAGGAGAUGUUGUGGUCACACUAACACUCUUAAGUCGGGGAGACCAAAUCAGAUCUCUACUGUUUAAAAGGAGAUAUUCACACUAAUAUUGCAUCAUUAUAACUGUACUGUAUGCAACCUAUAGUAAAGCAACAAAUGACUUUUACAGUGAGAUACCCUCCAUUGGAAAGUGUCUUUAAAUGUGAGUUUAUCUAAAUGUUAGGGUUUUUCCUUUUGUAUUUAGUGACGGUUUACUACUUUAUACUACAUGUUAUGACAUUUUACAAAUACUUAAAGUAUAUUACGCCCUCUGUAAGAUUGUGCCUUCCAGGAAAUAGUGUGGUGAAUCCACCAAACUUGAAUUCCAUCUCAGUAAACAAGAUUCUAACAUCUUGGAAUUGAGUUACAAACCAAACAUCAUGAUCAAGUUGCCAAACAUCUCUCACUUUGAUUAUUUUAUGUUCUAACAAUUGUACUGUGAAGAUGGCAUGUCACUGCAAAAGCCUUUUUAGUUUCCCUUUUGUGUUUGUUUGUAUGAAAUGUACAUGGAUAAUGUUCUCAUAAUGAUUAUGCACAGGAUACACAACACACUGUGGUAUGGAACACUUGAACUACAAGGCUGGUACGAGUCUUAGGACAACACUAUAUUUGUACUAUAGUUCUCAGAAUCUUUCAGUAUAGCGUGUAUUAGCUGACUUGAUCAAUCAUAGGAUUUCAUUCUAUGGGUUGCUGAUUGCCCAACAUUCAGUUGAGAAAGGUACCAUUAAACCUAAUGGAACAUUGGCAUUUAUGUUCAAUAUUUAAUUUGUGUAGGCCUUAUACUCAUUAUUUUGGCUUCAUCUCUCUAUACUGGUUUAUAAUCAUUCCAAUGGCCAAUCUUUCCUAUGUCCUUUACAGUUACCAGAUAAGAAUAUAACGUUUACUCAACACCAUUGUGUUGAGAGGCUUAACUUGACAAAAAUAUUGGAAAUGGUCCUACACGUAUUUCAUAAAUAUUCAAUCAAAUAAUGAGUUGUAAUGAGCAAACAAACUGACACUAUUUUUGGCACUUUCUCUUCGAUAUGUUUAAUGUAAUGGUUAUAAUCCUAUGUUAUUUUUUCCUAAAUAUAUUUUGCCAUAGUGCAUUUAAACUACAUUUACCCAAAAAGCAUUGUCUACCUUUUUCGUAAUCUGGUGUACGAUGUGCUUGCAGACUCAACCUCCCUCAGUUUAUAUGAAUGUUUAAUACUCAACGCUGGUGAAGGGACUCUUCAGUCGAGCACACAGGGACAGGAUUUUUUCGGCUCAAAUGUAUAUUUUGUUGACAAAUAAAUGAGAACAUUUUACAAAAUACACGUUAUGUUUUCUUCCCCUAGAUUUGUAGCGUGUCCUGCAAUGGAACUACUGUUAAAUAACUGCAAUUACAUGGCUGAAAGAAAUUGGUUAGCAUUUGAUUUAAAAGUUAAUAGUAACAAAUGUUGUGUUUAUUGACUGUGUUUUGCGGUAGUAUGUACCAGCUUGUGCUCUGUAGCAACUCAUUUUAAAGUUAGUUAUCUAAAACGCAUAUCUUCAAAAUGACUGCUAAUAUGAACACUGAUUACAAAGGGAAAAGUUAAGUAAGGCUAUGGACAUCCUAUUCUCUAUUUCAUGCAUAAAUACAUCAAACUUUGGAAACCUAUAAAGCUUGUGCUAUUUGAAUUACAAUAUCAAUAGCCUUUCUGUAUACAGAAACGCAGAAAAUUGAAACAUAGCUUUCCUAUGGAAGAUUACAAAUUAAGUAAUGCCGAGUCAUGGCGUGAUGUGAGAACUGUGAGACUGCAGUGAGGUCAUUUCCCCAGCAUUGUAUUAA